GCUCUCUGUCUCCAGUUGUAGGAUUUUGGCAGAGGUGGCCAUGAUGUUAUGGUUCGUGGUUGGUGCCCUCUUCCCAGCACUGCUCCUGGCUGCACCACCCCCCAUAAACAAGCUUGCCCUCUUCCCGGAUAAGAGCGCUUGGUGUGAGGCAAAGAACAUCACCCAGAUCGUGGGGCACAGCGGCUGCGAGUCCAAGUCCAUCCAGAACAGGGCCUGUCUGGGACAGUGUUUCAGCUACAGCGUCCCCAACACCUUCCCUCAGUCCACAGAGUCCCUGGUUCACUGCGACUCCUGUAUGCCAGCCCAGUCCAUGUGGGAAAUCGUGACACUGGACUGUCCAGGCAAUGACGAGAUCCCCAGGGUUGACAAGCUGGUGGAGAAGAUACUUCACUGUAGCUGCCAGGCUUGCGGGAAGGAGCCAAGCCACGAGGGAGCCCUGUUCAACGUCUACCUGAACGCGGAGGAGAACAUGCCCGCUGAAGGUCCCAGCCCCCAUCACUAUGCCCACCACCAACAGGAGGUGGAAGAACCUCCUGCCUCCAGCCACCACCAUCACGAGGAGGAGGGCGACGAGUGACCUGGCCCUUAUGGACUGUCCU